AUGGCGGAUGAGUAUCAGAUGCUCGAGGAGCUGGGCAGCGGCUCCUUUGGCACCGUAUACCGCGCCCUGCACAAACCCACCGGCGACCACGUAGCCAUCAAACACAUCGACCUCGAAGGCAGCGAUGACGACAUCCGCGAGAUACAGCAAGAGAUAUCGCUGCUUGCUACCUGCAGCUCCGAAUAUGUCACCCGAUAUCGAGCGUCGUUUGUGAAGGGGGUCAAGCUCUGGAUAGUGAUGGAGUACUUGGGUGGAGGAUCAUGUCUCGACUUGUUGAAGCCGUUUCCGAAGGGCAUGGAAGAGCGAUACAUUGCCAUCAUUAUGAGGGAGCUGCUCAAAGGUCUGGACUAUCUGCACAAUACUGGCAAGAUACACCGAGAUAUCAAGGCAGCCAACAUCCUGCUGUCCGAGUCGGGCCAGGUCAAGAUCGCCGACUUUGGUGUGGCCGCGCAGUUGACCAACAUCAAGUCACAACGAUUGACUUUCGUUGGCACACCAUUCUGGAUGGCACCCGAAGUGAUCCAAGAAGCGGGCUACGAUUUCCGCGCAGACAUCUGGAGUCUUGGUAUCACUGCCAUGGAGAUGGCCUUGGGCGAGCCGCCGCGAAGCGAUGUACACCCAAUGAAGGUCCUGUUCUUGAUUCCAAAGGAAAAGCCACCGAGGUUGGAGGGUAGCAGGUUCACCAAGGAGUUCAAAGAGUUUGUGGCAUUGUGCUUGAACAAGGACCCAGAGAAGAGACCAAGCGCAAAGCAUCUGCUGAAGCAUGCCUUUAUCAAGCGAGCCGGGAAGACGGAGGUCUUGCAAGAGCUAGUGUUGAAGGCGAAGUACUACGAACAGAAUGGCGUGGACUACGAGAAGGACACACGAUACUACGAGGAGACUCUGAAGUCCAUGAACCACGCACCGGAUGAGGAUGAGUGGGUCUUCGACACAAUCAAGCCUUCAUCGACGGUACGCGGCUACGGAAACUUGGCCAAGGGCGGCACCAUCAAGAGACGGAAGCUCGACAGGAUACCCUCCGGCGACGGAUCUGAUGUGGAAAACGCCACGGCCGCAAUGGAGCAUAUGAAUCUGGACGCUGCGCCUUUGUCGUCAGGCUCGGUAAUGCUGACGCCAACAAGAGAAGCAUCAACGAUCCGAACACCGAAGGUGAGAGGCCCGAGUACACAGCGUGUGGUUAGUGGCCAGCGCAAAGUGUCUGGUGCUACGCCUACAGCACGCAGGGCGGUGAGCAGGAAUGUCUCUGGAGCAACACCAACUGCUCGACGAGUGGUCAGCCGCAAUGUAUCUGGCGCAACGCCGACUGCACGCAAAGUCAGUGCGGCACCACCGGUACCGCCGCUUCCCAAGCAGCCUCUUGGUCUCGACAUGUCCUUUGGCAAUGGCACUUCAACAGUACGUCAGUUCAAGCGAGUCAGCUCCGGGAACAGGCCAUCGACACCGGCAGAUCAGACCGGAACAUCGCCGCAAGAUAGUGUCUUCGACAGCGAUGCCGAGAACAAGCCACCCAAGCCGGAGAAUAGCUCGCAACCAGUACCUCUGGCGACAAAAGAGGCAGUGCUAGGGAGACGCGCCUUUGCAAAAUGCCUCGACCCAGCUUUCCAGGAGUCAUAUGCAGCGGUCGCUGAUCGGGCAAAACGUGAAGCACUGAGCAACGUCGCAGAAGCAUGGUCACGCCUCGACGAACUCGAUCCAGAUGGCGAACUACUGUUGCUUAAGAGCAUCAUGGACCGCAUCCAAUCCGACCCAAAGCUCGCCAGCGCCCUCCUUCCGCAACGAGUCGCCAACGCCCAACUCGCCUCCCUCCGCCUCUCACCCAACAAGAAGAGCGCUCUAGUCUCCGAAUCGGAACUCUCCCCUCGUGACCUCACACCCCAGUCCUCCCCAACGAAAGCUCUGCACCCCCGAUCCUCUUUAUCGAGCAUGUCUCGCUCAGCAAGCAAACGUGAGCCUACCAGUCCCACCAAGCUCGUCCUCAACCCGCAGAACCCUCACCUCAGGAAGAUGAGGUCUAGUCAGGCGUUGAGUGAUGCGAGAGAGAAGGCUGCCAUGGAGGAGAGGACUAGGAUGGAGGAGAAGAUGCUGGGUGUGAAGCAGCCGGAGCCUGGGAUGGAGCAUGUGGGGAUGUUGGCGGAUGUGCUUUAUGGGCGGUGGACUGAGGGGUUGAAGGCGAGGUGGCCUGUGGCAUAG